CUAGCUAAUAAACACAAGCCCUAGAAAUGAAUAUGAAUUUAUUAGCGGUUAGUGUUGUGGGUCUCUUGGUGGUUGUGAUAGCCGUAGCUCCGGCCAUGGCCACCGACUACACGGUGGGGGAUUCGUCGGGGUGGACGCAAGGUGUGGAUUAUAAAACUUGGGCUUCUGAUAAAACCUUCAAGGUUGGAGAUACCUUAGUGUUCACCUACGGCUUCCUGCACAGCGUGAACGAGGUAUCGAAAUCGGACUACGACGGCUGCUCCUCAUCCAACUCCAUCCAGAGCUACACGACGGCACCCAGCACCAAAUGGUCCUCCCUCGACCCCGGCGGCCGCUACUUCAUCUGCGGCACCCCGGGCCACUGCUCCGGCGGCAUGAAGCUUGCAGUCUCCGUCGCCUCGUCCGGCUCCGACGGCAACGGCAACGGCAAACACCUCCCCUCGACCCUCGCGCUCGGGCUCCGGUCGCCGACUACACCCUCGGGACUCCCAGCGAAGAACACGCCGGACGGCGCAAGCACGGCCGGCGGCGGAGGGGUUAAUGGGUUGGUGGCGGCCAUGGCUGGGGCUUUGUUCGCGGGGCUAGCACUUUUGGGCUAGGGGAGAGACAGUGCGUCGAGAAUAUUGUUGUGUCGUGUAGCUUUGUUGUUCGUUUGUGGUUUAGUCUGAGGAGGUUAUUUGCUUUGCUAGAGUAUAUAUGUGUAUCAUGAGAUGCAGAUUUGUUGUUUUUUUUUUGGUGUUGUUUUACGUAUGAGAUCUUAUGUAGUAUCCCUUUUCCCUCUUUGACUUGUUUGUUCAACGUGGGUAAUAUGCAUGGAUUUGAUUA